GACGGCUUAUAUUUCAUUUUAACCACAAUAUAUCAAGUUAAAUCGAAAUGAAACUUAGUAUCUUGCCCAAAUCCUUAUUUCACACGUAUAUUUAUCACAAGUUUCGACAAGUUCACAAGUCUAUUCACAAGUCAUCUCAUUCACACACAUUUUGCUUUAUUCGCAACUAUCCAUGCUGCAGAAAAAUGCGUUUUUCUCACGUUGUUGCAAUGAUUAAGUUUCACGAUAUCAGUCAUCAGCCAUCACACAUAUAUACAUUUUAGGAUGAUAUUUUUAUCCGAUAUUGUAGCUAUGUAUAAUUAAUGCAUAAUGUAUAAUUAAUGUAUCCCGAUAUGUGUAUAUUGGUGUAUCUUGAUGUAGCCGAACUGAGAAACGUAUCAUACGACGCACCGAACAAGAAUGAAAUACCGCUGACUGCUGAGUAACAGAAGUCACGAGAGCGCUUGCGCAAUAACAUUCUUCUGUCUACGCGAUAAAAGAAAGAACAGCCCCUCUCGAUUACAAAUUGAGGCAAUUGAGCUUAAUAUUUUGUCGCUUAUAUCGCAAAUAUAUGAGUCGCAGUCGGAAAAUUAUCGCCACUUUUGUACGAUAUCAUUGGCGAACGAAAGUAUCGAUCGUCUGUAAUUCGCGAGAAAAUUUUCAGGCAAACGUUCACUGUCAAUUAUAUGAGAGAAUAUCAAGCUCUGAGCUGCACAGUUGCGUCGCAGCUUUCUUGCACGAUGCAUGCAACCGAGAAGCCUUAUUACAAGAUAAAUCGAGUCGUCCUCAAGUCACUCGGCCUAUGGCCGUAUCAGAAAUCGUGUCUAGUGCGAGUACAGAAUGUACUGUUUAUUGUUAUUCUUACAUCAUUUAUUAUAGUGCAGAGUCCUAUCGUUCAUGUUACCCAAUAUCUUCAUCACGGUUAAAUAUUGCCUCUAUAUCAUUCAGGCAAACAGUGUAAGUUUAAUGAGA